UAAUAGAUCUAACUUCUUUUAAUAACUUAAGCCCUCAAAAUGGCUACCAGAAGAGUGUCCUUGCUUUUAGGAACGAGUCUCGUUCGCCGCUGGGUAAUGGGUCUUGGAUAUGGUAGGAGACCAAUCAGACAGUACUGGACACUUCGUAACUAUCCCAUCACGACCAACACAGUCAGACCAUCCUCUUUUAACCAAGUACGAUCAAUGUUCAUUCAGACUCAAGACACUCCCAAUCCAAAUAGCCUCAAGUUUAUUCCUGGUGUCCCCGUCAUGUCCUCUGGGGGUACGAGAGACUUUCCUAAUCCUCUCUCGUCCAGGCCAUCAGUCUUAGCUCAACAGCUUUUCAGGAUAGAUGGAGUGAAGAGCAUAUUCUUUGGUCCUGAUUUCAUUACUGUCACAAAGGCUGAUGAUGAUAUGCCCUGGAGUACCAUCAAGCCUCACGUGUAUGCUACUGUCAUGGAUUUCUUUGCAUCCGGUUUACCAGUAAUUAAGGAAGAAGCUACACCAUCAGGAGAUCUACCUGCAGAGGAAGAUGAAGAUGAGACAGUAAUGAUGAUCAAGGAGUUGCUUGACACAAGGAUCAGGCCUACUGUCCAGGAAGAUGGAGGUGAUAUAGUUUUUGUGGAUUUCAAAGAUGGUAUUGUCAAGUUAAAAAUGCAGGGAUCUUGCUCCAAUUGUCCUAGCAGUACUGUCACGCUCAAGGCUGGCGUUGAGAACAUGAUACAGUUUUAUGUUCCCGAGGUAAAAGGAGUUGAGCAGGUAGAAGAAGAGCUUGAUCCAAUCAAUCAGACUGCUCUUGAUCAGUUGGAGAAGUCUCUCAAUGACAAACAAUAGGCUCUUUCAGACAAUACCCUCUCUCUUUCAUUUCUGUAUUAAAUAAUCAGUCAUUCAACUGCUGCAUGGUCUUUUUAGCUAUUAAUACACAUUGUUGCUAUUGAAUUAA